AGAAUGAAAAUAUAAAUAGGAGACCUCUUACGGUGUGGUGUCAUAACAGCUAAUAAAUAUGGCGAACAAGGGUACUUUACGUUUGCUGAAAACUUCCAGUAAAAUGUCACAAAUAAACUUACCAGUAAUAAGUACGUUUAUGCGAAAUUUUUCUAAAGAAUCUGAUAUUAUAACUCAUACUGGACAGAAAUUUGAAUCUGAUGACUAUCGACUUACAAGAUUUGUCGACAGACCAAAGCACGUUAAUCCAAAUUGGGCUAUAAAUUUAAUAUCAAAAGUACCAUCAACCCCUGUAAAGAGUCGCAUUGUAGCUUGUGAUGGUGGUGGUGGUCCUUUAGGACAUCCUAAAGUUUACAUUAAUUUGGACGAACCAGGUCCAAAUACCUGUGGUUACUGCGGAUUGGAAUUUCACAAAGAAGAUAAUCAUUAAAUGAUUUACAGAUUAAAUACAAGUAGUAAAAAAUAUGUAAAUUUUUGUUAACUAAACUAAUAAUAUAUAUUACAUUAAUAAAACAAAUAUAUAAGUAACUCCUGA